UGUUUGUAAACAAAACACUUCUUCCCCCUGUCAGCUCCUGCAUGCUGCUUUGCAUGGCUGUGUAUAGCACAGCCAUGCAAACCAGUGUACUUGCAGUGAAGCAAUAACACAGCACACUUAGUAAAAUGACAGUUAACCCUUUGAUUGCCCCACGUGUUAACCCCUUCCUGCCCAGUGCCAUUAGUACAGUGUCAGUGCUUUUUAUUAGCACUGAUCACUGCAUUGGUGUCACUGGGGAUGUCAGUGACACCAAGUCAGUUCCCCCCAGCUGGCAGAAUGCCUGCCGCAGUCCCGCUAUA